AUGUUGGAUCAGUAUGUUUUUCACCUGAUAGUACAACCUUAGCAUCUGGCAGUUCACAUAACUUAAUCUGUUUAUGGGAUGUAAAGUUAGGAUAACAACACGCCAUUUCGGAUGAUCAUAGUAACAGAAUCUACUCAAUAUGCUAUUCUCCUGAUGGUACUACGUAGUGCAGAUAACUCAAUUAGUUUAUGAGAUAUAAGGACAGGAUAAAAAAUAGCUAAAUUAGAUGGUCAUACUCACCCUGUUAUUUAAGUACGCUUUUCUCUAAUGGAACUACCUGGCACUUCAGAUAAUUCCAUUUGUUGCUGGGAUGUUGAAUCAGGCCAAUAAAUACUUCUGUCAGAUAAACUCUAUAAAGUUAAAUUAGCAUAAUUUGGAACUCCUCUUUUUUCCAACACUAUAUUUCCAAAAAGUACUAUUUAGAUUUUAUAUUAUUUAGUCAUAACUUGGAAUACUAUUCUUUUAAUAUCGCAAACACCUAUUUUUUCAGCUUCAGGUGUUUUGAUCCUUAAUGGACAAUUUGUAAAUUAAUAAGGAGAAGAUUUAUGA